AUGUUGGUGACAAAGUUUCCAACUCAUAGGAAAGAUGAUCAAGUUGCCAAGCUUGAUGAACAAGAUGGGGUACUCAAUGUUGUACCUCUUAAGAUGAUUGUACCCGUUUAUUUUCUAAACACAAGAGCAAAGAAUGUUGACUUCAAUAAGAAUAAGGCAACUGAAAUGACAGUGGGGCCACCUGUUGAACAUCAUGUUGAACCAUUUGUCGAACCUCUUAAUGAACCCACUACUAAAUCAACUAUUGAUAUACAUAUAUUUAAUACGUACCUAAAUGGUAUCUUGAAUAAAGGCCAUGGCUCUACUAAAGACCCGAGGGAUCAAAACCCUCAAAAUGAAGAGCCCAGAGUUCAAGGUAAAUAG